GGGAACGAUUCGUUCGAGAACAUGAAGGAAUUCCGGAUCCAAGGCUUGCAGAAUCUCAUCUCACUGACGAUCGGAGAGAAUAGCUUCACCGCUGAAAAGAAACGACAUGGCAACGAUCCCACGCGGUCGUUCCACGUCCUUGAUUGCCCCCAUUUGCGCAGUAUUAUUAUCGGAAAGUACAGUUUCUGCGACUACUCCGGAGAGUUCGAAGUGAAGAACUUGCCGGCUCUCGAAGAAUUGAAGAUCGGAGAUAUCACCGAAGAUAGUUGGAACUUCGACUACGCGAACUUUGUUCUUCGAGAUUUGCCUUCUCUCGAGGUUGUUCAUCUUGGAAAACUGGCGUUCUUCUGGUCUGUCUGCACCGUCAUUGAGAAUCUCCCCAGACUGAGGGAGUUCGUGUGCGGAAACCAGUCCAUUCAGGGAAGAUACAAGAAGACGAUCAACACCCUCACAAUGAAGAAUCUGCCGAAUCUGACGACGCUUCGUUCGGAUGGCGCGACGUUCGCUCUGCAACGCACCGUUGUUCUUUCGAACAUUCCCCGAUUGACCGACGUUUCUCUUCCCGACUCCUUCAACUACGUGGAGUUCGCGACCAUCGAUGACGUGAGCAACAGUCUAGCGUCGCUGGUUAUCACCAGCAAGUGUCCGAGUAUGAUCACCGAAAUGAACCCAGCGACCUCCGAAAUGGUCAUUCCCGCCUUCUCCUGCAAUGAUCGAGCCGAUCGCUUCUUCGAGCUGACCACUUUCAUGCUUCUGGAGACGCUCCAGAUUGCAAACGACUGCUUCAGCGAGGUGUAUCAUUUUGUAAUCAGCGGACUCCCCGCCCUGAAGUCGAUCACUAUUGGGAAGAACUGCUUUACGCAGAGUAAAAACGAGCGUGGUGACAAUCCGCAUCGAAACUUUACCGUUACCAACUGUCCGUCUCUUGAAAUCAUCACCAUCGGACGAUACAGCUUCAGCGACUAUAGCGGACCGUUCGUGAUUCAGAACUGCAAUAUGCUGAAGCAUUUGAAGAUCGGAGAAGUGGGAUACGAGUCCUGCAAUUUCCACGAUGCGGACUUUGUCCUGGAGGGUAGAAAUACAAUCUCGAUGGCAUGUAGACUUGAUAUCUCUCCAGUCGAUCGAAGUCGGAAACAAGGGAUUCUGCAACGCUGUUGCCAAAUAGACCUGCCAAUGCUGGAAACGAUUCGUUUGGGAUCGGAUGCGCUGGAUGGCGUGGUGAUGGACAAUAACAGCUGUGUGACCAUGAAGAAUCUGCCGCGCCUUCGCAGCCUUGUCUCGGAUGGAAACAGUCUGCGUCUUAUGAAGAACGUCAAGUUGAACAACAUUCCUAACGUGAUGGAGGUGAGUCUUCCCAACUCCUUCGAGGCGGUGAAUGAAAUGGAAGUGGAGGGUGUGCAUCCGAACCUGGGAUCUCUUGUGAAAAAGGGAAAUGGAUUGUUGGACGCUCUGAUGAGACUUCUGAAUUCGUAAAGGACACUGGAUCAAGAACCAAUAGGGUGUAACUUGCGAA